UGAUCAGGGCCAAGGCGGUCAGCGAGAAGGAGGUGGAUUCCGGGAAUGACAUCUACGGCAACCCCAUCAAGAGGAUUCAGUAUGAGAUCAAGCAGAUCAAGAUGUUCAAAGGACCUGACAAGGAUAUAGAGCUCAUCUACACGGCGCCCUCCUCGGCAGUGUGCGGGGUCUCGCUGGACGUGGGAGGGAAGAAGGAGUACCUCAUUGCAGGGAAGGCCGAGGGGGACGGCAAGAUGCACAUCACCCUCUGUGACUUCAUCGUGCCCUGGGACACCCUGAGCACGACCCAAAAGAAGAGCCUGAACCACAGGUACCAGAUGGGCUGUGAAUGCAAGAUCUCGCGCUGCCCCAUGAUCCCGUGCUACGUCUCCUCCCCGGACGAGUGCCUCUGGAUGGACUGGGUCACAGAGAAGAGCAUCAACGGGCACCAGGCCCGGUUCUUCGCCUGCAUCAAGAGAAGCGACGGCUCCUGCGCCUGGUACCGCGGGGCGGCGCCCCCCAAGCAGGAGUUCCUCGACAUCGAGGACCCGUAAGCGGGCUCACGGCAGCCCUGUGGCCACCCGAAGAGCCUCCAAGGGUUUAGACUGGUCCAGCUCUGACAUCCCUUCCUGGAAACAGCAUGAAUAAAACAGCCAUCCGAGCGGGUCCAAAUAGUGCGACGUGCCCCCAUUUUCCUCUCCAACUUGGCCGUGGUCUGGAGGGUCCCCCAGGGCCCUCAUGCCGCCCUCCCUCUGCCUUCCUGGGCGCUGUGUCUCAGCCUUCGUGCUUGGGGGCGGCCAGAGGGAGGGCCCAGACUGUCCUCCCAGGCCCGGCCUUGACACGGGGGCUAGUGCUAGGCAGGAGGCACCGGUGUGUCCCCACCUGGUCAGGGCAGAGCCUGGAGACAAGCAUUUGCAGAAACGUCUGAGGGUCAUUGCAAGACUGUGUAGCCGGCCUACCAGGCCCCUUUCAUCUCGAGAGGGUUGUGUCCCUCGUUUUCUGCAGCUGCCACCGCGGGCCCAGGGUGGCGGUCCCUGCCCUGGCAAGUGCCGUCUCCCUUAUAAGCCCAGGAGCAGCCCUGGAGCCAGUGGUUUGUCCUCGAAGGAGCCCCAGUUCAUCCUGAUAAUCCGCCAAAUGGUAGUGGGAGCCUCCUCCAGGGCCUUGUGGAGGUGUAGGAGCAACAGCUCACUGAGCCACGUUUCUGCCCUAGCCAAGUCUUUAGGGUGCCCCCUCCUGCUCCCCACACCCCUUCCCCAGCCUCUAGGGGGAUCCACACCCUGUCCUGAGGGCAGGUUUCUGGGGGGCACUUGCCGCCCUUGUGAUUCAUCGGGAGCUUCCAGUCGAGUACUCUGGCUCCCUCCCGUUCUGGCCUCAGUCGUCUGGAUGGAGCCGCACCCACGCUUUGCAGGACGGUGGCAUGCAGCCGGCAGGGGACACCCCACUUUCACGCCCCAAGGACGGAAAAGGCUGAGUCUGUGUGCGCCUGGAGAGGGCUAGUGUGCGCUCCCUCCGAGAUGCGCAGUGAGUGAGUUAGCGAAGCACUUUACCAAGCCCAAGUCGGGAGGAAGGCCGCUUCGCGACAGGCUCACUUCUUCCUGGCCUUCGGGACACCGUGGCCUGUGGGAGGGACAAGUCAUUUUUCUAAAGAUGACUUCUCAGAUGAGACAGAAGCUGAGCUGCAGGCGGACCAACCUCUGCUUAUGUUUCCCCAUUACAGAGAGUACCUAGUCAAGAACAGCAGGGAGCUGGGGAACUGUUCCCUGACAUGCCAGGAAAGUGGGGGUCGUGGUGGGCAGCGCUCUCUCACCAACAGUAAAGAUCAUCUUUUUCUCUCCCGCCUGUGUGGUAGGGAUAAGCUGUCCCAAGGCCACGCAGGCACAUUCGGCAGACACACGCUCAAGCCCAGCACAGUGAAACCCAAGCCUGGCAGUCUGUGAGUGGUCCUUCUGCAAAAUGCUUCCAAACGCACCAUCUCCCAGGCCUGUUCUAGUCUGGGCCGACCCCCCACCUGUAAGACUCCUGACCCCUGGGUGGCCUGCAGUGUUCCUCCCACCCGGACCUGGUCAGCACAGACCUGAAUGAUUCUCCGAUCCAGGGCAAACGGGAGCAUGUCCAGGGAUCAGCCCCGGCCCUGAGGGCGUUUCAUGCUGUCUGAUAGGACGAAGUGGGUGAGAUGUCAGGGCGGACCAGUCCACGCGAUUUCCGUAUAUACGCCACCACCAGACCCUCCCAUCAGUAUCGCACCCCGCCCCGUCGCUUCCUGUACGGUGAUACCAUAUGUAACAUUUGCUCCUGUUUCUGCUGAUUUUUUUUAAAUGUUCCGGUUUGUUUCAACAUCAGCUGUAAUCAUUCCUGUGCUGUGUUUUUUUAUUACCCUUGGUAGGUGUUAGACUUGCACUUUUAAAAAAAAGAUUUUUGCAUCGUGGAAGCAUUUGACCCCGAGUGGAAAGCAUGGCAUGGCAGCUCGCUCGUGACAGAGGGUUCCUUCCAGUCGUGCGUCCGAUUCUUUGAGUAUCUUUGCUUUUCUCAGUUCCCAUCUUUUGUUCCAUGAAUCGAAUUAUCUAGCACAAAGAAGAGGAUUAUUUAGUAGGCUGGGCUACACGGCGGCCUUUACAUUAGAUCCACACACAGUGGGGUUCUCACCAUGCUGAGCAGGGAAAAGCCCAAACUCAGAUCAAGACGAAGUGCCCGGUGGCAGCCAAGAGAUGAAGCCCCUCAGAUGCUUCCCAGCCGGUGACGGCCUCUCUACAUAGCGUAAGAAGGGUCUCCAUUUGGCCUUGUUUAAUUUAUGUGUUCUAAGCACGACUCUUUCUUCUUUUCAUCAUGCAAGCGACUCAAAAUAUUUAAAACAAAGUUUACAUUGUAGUUAUUUCAAAUCUUUGCUUGAUAAAUAUUAAGGAAUAUCGGACUUGCUGCCAUAAUUUAAAGCUUUGUUGAUUUUGUUCGUUUUCGUUUGGAGUUUCGGGGGGAGCCAUGGUGUAUGCUGGAAUGUGACGCCAGACCUUCCUGUGCUGGCCAUACGAGAGCUGCCCGCCGACAAGCAGACCGCGCAUGUCUCUGAUGCUCUGUAUCAUUCUGAGCGAUCGCUCAGUGGACAAUAAACAGUAUUAUCAAAGAGAA